UUUCCGCGCCCAUAUUAAAUCAAAAUCAAAAAAAUCAAAAAGAACCCCCAAAAAACAGUCACUUUACUCAUAUUCACCAACUUCUCCUCACUCCACUACCUCCGCCGCCGGCCACCGUACAUCCGCCAUGGACGACGGCGACAAAAGAGCCCUAGAUCUAGUCAAAGAACUAGUCCACCGCUUACUCUCCACUUCUCCACCUCCCCCCACCCCCAACUCCUUAAACCCUAACCCUAACCUCCCUUCAGAUCAACAGUUCCAUCAAGCUUUAAGAUACGCUAUUCGCAUACUCUCCAGUCGAAUGACACCUUCAAUUGCUGCCGACGAUUCCGCAAUGGCUGAAUCCAUUAAGCGACGGUUAGCUACUCAAGGUAAAUCCUCUGAUGCCCUCACUUUUGCCGAUGUUUAUUCCAAAUUCUCGUCGAAAACGGGACCUGGAAGUGUGAAAAACAAAUGGGCUGUUUUAUAUUUGCUUAAAACUGUCUCUGAAGAUCGUAAAAUUCAAAAACAUCAGUCCAAUAGUGUAGCUUCUAGCGGGUUUUUAAGCUCCGCAUUGUCAGGUGGGUUACCUGAAUUGGUUGGAAGUGAAUCGAAUCAUAAUUUGAAUAAUUUGAAGGGUGAAUUGGGGAAAAUGGAGAAGAGUUAUGGUGAUGGUAGUUUGAGUAAUAAAUUUAAGAAUUUGAAUUGUUUAGGGGAUAAUUCGAGGAGUUUGAGGGGUAGAGGUGAUGUAGGGAAGGGAUGGAGUGGAGGGGUUUUGAUGGUUUAUAAGGAUCCGGAGAACUUGCGAGACAUGGCGUAUAAGGAAUUUGUGGAUUUGUCGAAGGAAGAGAAUGAGGUGUCCGAGGAGGUUUUGGUGAGGGAUGUGUUGUAUGCUUGUCAAGAUGAUGGAAAGUAUGUGAGGUAUGAUAAGAAUGCUGAUGGCUAUGUGUUGCCUGAUUGGAUGAAGGUUCCAAGGGCUACUAGGAGUGUAGUUAGGAAGCUUUGUGAGCUUGGCUGGUUGUUUAGGAAAGUUAAAGGGUAUAUCUCCGAGAGUAUGGAUCAGUUCCCUGCUCAAGAUGUAGGCACCGUUGGACAAGCGUUUUGUGCUGCAUUGCAGGAUGAGCUUUCGGAGUACUAUAAAUUGUUGGCAGUGCUCGAAGGGCAGGCGAUGAAUCCGAUACCGUUGGGUUCGGGGGGUGGAUGUUCAGGGAAUUAUAUGUCUCUAAGAAGACUGUCGGUUUGGUUCGCUGAGCCGAUUGUGAAGAUGAGAUUGAUGGCUGUUUUAGUUGAUAACUGUAAGAGCUUGAAGGGUGGGGCAAUGGCUGGAGCAAUUCACAUGCAUGCUCAGCAUGGUGAUCCACUCGUCAAUGAUUUCAUGAAAAGGCUACUGCGUCGGGUGUGUUCGCCUCUUUUUGAGAUGGUGAGGAGAUGGGUACUUGAAGGAGAGCUUGAAGAUAUAUUUGCUGAGUUUUUCAUUGUGAGUCAAACUGUCAAAGACGAGUCCCUUUGGAGAGAAGGUUACCGCCUUCAUGCUCACAUGCUUCCUGCUUUUAUUUCUCAAUCUCUUGCUAAACAGAUUUUAAGGACUGGCAAGUCAAUCAACUUUCUCAGAGUUUGUUGUGAUGAUCGAGGUUGGGCUGAUGCUGCAACAGAAGCAGCAACAGCUGUUGGAACUACAACCACGAGAGGAAGUCUUGGAUAUGGUGAAACUGAUGCACUUGAAUCUUUGGUUACAGAAGCUGCAAAAAGAAUCGAUAAGCAUUUACUUGAACUCAUGCACAAAAGAUACAUGUUCAAGGAACAUUGUCUUGCCAUUAAGCGCUAUUUGCUUCUCGGUCAAGGUGAUUUUGUACAAUAUCUAAUGGAUAUUGUUGGUCCUGAGCUUUCUGAGCCGGCUAAUACUAUCAGCUCAUUUAAGCUGGCAACCUUGUUGGAGAGUGCUGUCACAUCGUCUAACGCGCAGUAUGAUGGCUGUGAUAUACGGUCUAGAUUAAGGGUUAAGAUGAUGCCACAUAACACUGGAGAUAGAGGGUGGGAUGUAUUUUCUUUGGAAUACGAUGCAGGUGUUCCUUUAAAUACAAUUUUUACAGAGUCUGUAAUGACAAGAUAUAUAAGAGUCUUCAAUUUCUUGUGGAAACUCAGAAGAGUAGAACAUGCACUAACUGGUGCUUGGAAAACCAUGAAACCAAAUUGUAUCACUUCCCAUUUCUUCUCCAAGUUGCCCCAAGCUGUUAAGUUCCAGUUGAUUUUGACAUCAAGAAAGUGUCAAGUUCUUUGGGAUGAGAUGAAUCAUUUUGUUUCUAAUUUGCAGUACUACAUCAUGUUUGAAGUUUUGGAGGUCUCAUGGUCUAAUUUUGUGAAAGAAAUGGAAUUAGCUAAAGACCUUGAUGAUCUUCUUGCUGCGCAUGAAAAGUAUUUAUUUUCAAUUUUAGAGAAGUCUUUGCUUGGAGAACGUUCUCAGGAUCUUAACAAGACACUCUUUGUUUUAUUUGACCUAAUAUUGCGCUUCCGUAGUCAUGCAGAUCGACUCUAUGAAGGCAUUAAUGAGCUGCAAUCAAGGACUGCAGAAUCAUCAACUAAUUCUCGUGAUAAAGUCAAAUCACGGGGAAAAUCAAAUGAUAAAUCGUCAGAACCAGGGUCAUGGCUUGGUGAAGGCCGAAAGGCCUUCACUCAACGUGCUGGAGAAUUCCUCAGAAAUAUGGGAAAUGAUAUAGAUGCGAUCGGAAAGGAUUAUGCAACCAUCUUUGAGGGGUUCAUUUCACAGUUGCCUGUGCAGCAGCACAUUGAUUUGAAGUUUCUCAUGUUUAGGCUCAACUUCACUGAGUUCUAUAGUCAGCUACGCCCAAUUACAAGAGGAAAUCUUUUUUAGCUUCGUCACAAUUACACUUACUGAUUUGCAGUUUGAAAUUUGUAGUGCUCUUUCAUCACCUGCAUCCAGUUAUAGCGAGGAAGAUCUAUGGGAUCCUGCAUAUAAUGCAGAUGUUUCACUGGCUUCUGAAAGUGUUCAGCAUGUUUCCAUUUGUCAAAUAGCUACCAUGCACAUGAUGAAAGACCAUUUGUUGGCCACCUUAACCCAGGCCUAGCAGUUUGUACGUCUUUGUUUGGCUUUAGGCAUUACAUCUUUUCGCAUUUCUCCUGGAAGUUUUUCCUCAUCAGGUUCUCUCAAUUGAGGGGAGAGGAUUGAUUGAUGUUACUAACCAUCGUGCGACAUUGUAGUUCUGUUUGGGGUUCUAUUUGUUUGUUUAUUUUAUUUUUUUUGGCUGCUAUAGCAAGCAGCUCGGAGCUUGUAUAUCUGUAAAUGUAGUUUUUGUUCUAAAAUUAGUAAAUCUUGAUUUGCUGAAUGCUGACUAGCUAAUCAGCUUUUCCUUUUCAAUUGCUUGUACUGUCUCGAUGAUUAGAAGAUAAUGAUAAUUGGGUUUCCAGUUUGUGGCUUCA